AUUUACUGUGAAGCAAAUUAUCAAUGUUUAAUCUAUGCAUAGACACUAUAAGAUAAGACAUUUUUGUCAAAACACACGCGCUCAUUCGCAGCGCAACGGAUUUAUGCGCUGUGUGUUACUGCCAUCUUGUGGUUGAAUAUUAAAACUACACUGGAAGAGCCGAACUGCACACCGUACGGUAGAGGGGGCCAUAACUCAAGGCUUUCACUGUCUCUGGCUCGCAUGGUUGUGUGUGUGCAUCUACACCGUUACAGCCUGGUACGAGAGAAACACAGCCCGCUUACAGCAGCUCCUUGCAGUUAACACGAGCCAAAGUUAUCCCGGAAUACGGACAGCACGCAUGUGCCGUCAACCCGGAUGCAGAUAUUUGUGUGCCUGUAUUCCCCAGUUCUACCAAGUUAUGACAAGAUUGUCACUUAAUGAGUAAGAAUUGUACAUUCUAACAUGCGCUGAACAAAGCCGUGCCAUUCCGAACCGGCGGAAAUCGGGUCAAUGAGCCGUGAUGUAACACCAGAGUGACUGCACCACAACAAUAUGUUCCCGAAGAGCUGCCCUUUUGAUUUAAGGUGAGAGAUCAAAAGUGGUUAAUGGGUAGUAAUACACGAAUACGUCCUAUUAUUACUUAGAUGCAUUAUGGACUUCCGCGCCAGGAGGUACGAAAGAGGCAGCAACUGGACCGACCCGGAGAUCGUGGAGCUGCUGCAGCUCUGGUCCGACGAGUCGGUGCAGAUCGAACUGGAAAGCUCCCUGCGCAACCAGCGCGUGUUUGACCGCAUCGCGCACAUCUUGCGCGAAAAGGGCAUCUACCGCUCGGGCGACCAGUGCAGGGAGAAGAUCAAGAAGAUGAAGCUGGAAUAUAGGCGAAUCAAAGACAACCGCAAGAUGAGGACUUGGAAGUUCUAUGACGUGAUGGACAGAGUGCUGGCGAACCGUCCGGCCGUCAGCUACUCCUCUUUGGGAGGUGCUGUCGUAGCCCAGCAGGUGUUUCAGGGCUCAGGUGGGCCUGAGCCAUAUCUGCAGGGAGUUCCAGGUGGUUCGUUUGGCCCUUCAUCCUCAGCUGGGUUUCUGUUCAGCCAACCACCUAAAGCUGAAGAUCCUCUGGAUAUAAAGUGUGAGGAUGCUGAGGAGAACAUGCUGAACUCUGGUGUUGCACCACCUGAGAUGUACUAUGGCUCUGGGGAUGAUCAGGAAACAGAUGGGCAGUCUCUACUGGAAGCCGAGGACACACUGUGUCAAGCUGAAACCUCAUCCAAUACAAGAUUCUCACCCUCAGGUUAUAGUAGCAUGAAUGCUGCUCCAUCUGCCGCUCACAUUGGUCCUGUAAUGCAAGAAACAUCUGAGCCGCCCAGCAGCGAGGCUCUUUGUGGGUCAGCUUCUGUGAAACAUAGGAAGCGUAGACGGGGUGGCAGACCAUCAUGUGGCAGAUCAGGUGGUCGGGAGAGCCUGGACAAAGCUCUGGUAAGCUUUCUGAACUGGCAGCAGUCUGCAGAGGAGCGCCUCCUCUCCCUGGAGGAGGCCCGGCUGGAGAGAGAGUUCCAGGCUGAGGAGCGUAGGGAGCAGAGGGAGGAGAAGAGGGCAGAAAAGGAGCGCCAGCAUGAGCUUCACCUGUUCAGCAUGCUCACGGGGUCGCUGUUCACCGCCAAACAGGGUCCUUCAACCACCAUACAGUCCGAUCAGCCUGUCUCACCUCUGGCUCAUCUGUCGACUCCCACGAUGGCCUCAGACGGCCCCGCUGUCUCGUCAUCUUUAUGUCAUCCUCCCCCAGAAGCACCCACAGCGCAGGCUGUCCCCACUCAGGAGACAAAAAAGUCCCAGUCCACAUCUGUCAAGACCUGCCAAGUGUCACAGGAUGUUUCGGAUACACUGAGAGGUGCAGAGGCUCCCGGCCACAGCGUGUACCUGUCCAGCCGUGGUAACAGCAUCCGACAGCAUCAAGGCAUUCUCCAGGAGGGCUUUAUCCAGUAUGCAAUGAACAAACAUCACCAAAUAGACAAUCCUGAUGGAAUAGUCAACUUGGGAACCAGUGAGAACAAACUGUGCUAUGAUCUCCUUCAUAAAAGACUAACCAAGCCUGACAUGUUGCACGUUGAGCCGUCCUUGUUGCAGUAUUCAGGCUGGACUGGGCACGCUUUCCUCCGAGAAGAAGUGGCAAAGUUCCUGUCUCACUACUGCUGCUCUCCCCAUCCACUAAGAGCUGAUAAUGUUGUGGUGAUGAAUGGUUGUGGUUCGCUCUUCUCAUGUAUUGCUGCUGUAAUUUGUGAUCCUAAAGAUGCCAUUCUUAUUCCUACUCCUUUCUAUGGGGUUAUAACUGAAGAUGUGCAUUUGUACAGUUAUGUAAAACUCUUCCAUGUCCCUCUUGAUUGUGAGGCUGAUGGCAAAGACAGCAAACCCUUCCACCUCACUGUAGGGAAACUAGAAGCAGGGCUAAAAAAGGCUAAGCAAGAGGGGUGGAACAUUCGAGCUCUUAUCCUCAUGAACCCUCACAAUCCUCUGGCAGAGAUCUACACUCCAAAGGAAAUGAUUGCCUUUCUAGAGUUCUCCAAAAGAAAUGAACUGCACGCCAUUGUAGAUGAGGUGUACAUGCUGACGGUCUUCGAUGAGUCUGUCACCUUUCACAGUGUCCUCAACAUAGAGAGUGUGCCCGACCCACAGAGAACGCAUGUGAUGUGGGGGAUGAGCAAGGACUUUGCAAUGGCAGGAAUCAGAAUUGGUACUUUGUAUACUGUGAAUACAGAUCUUGUGGAGGCUUUGGCUCAGCUGGGCUCCUUCCACGGUCUCCCUGGAACCUUGCAGCACCAGGUGGCUCAGCUGCUACGGGACAGAGACUGGAUCGAUAAUGUAUUUCUGCCUGAGAACCGACGCAGGCUAAAAAGUGCCCACAGUCUCCUGACCCGAGAGCUGCGAAGCAUAGGCAUCCCCUUCCUGGACAGACCUGCUGCCCUGUAUGUCUGGGCUGACCUUAGAAAGUAUCUGAGUGAGUCGUCCUUUGAGGAGGAGCUGUCUCUUUGGAGGUGUUUCCUCAGACACAAAGUGUUGUUGAGCUGUGGCCAGGCGUUCUCAUGCUCUAUACCUGGCUGGUUCCGAAUCGUGUUUGCGGAUCAACAACCCCACCUUCAGCUCGGCCUAAAGCGAAUUCGGGAGGCUUUGACAGAAACCGAAGAAAGAAAUAGCAGCUCUGAUGCACGCUUCAUUAAAGAAACAGUUGAUGGGAGUAAAAAUCCAGUAAAAGAUGAGAGUGACGAUUCAGACAACGCUGCAAUUGUUAAUUCAACGUCCUCCCCCCAGAGCAAGUCAUCAGACCAGCUGAAGGAGAGGGAUAGCCCUGUUCCUGACACAGGCUCAGUUGGCGCAGAGGAGUUUGUUUUGCUGGACUGCCAAGCAUCUAAGCCUGCAGAGAGUCUGGACUCACUUAUUGGUACUCUCAGGCAUCAGAUUCGUUCAUCUGAUUGGCUAGAGAAGAACACUCCAGUGCUGUCUCGAGGAGAAGACCCAGAAAUUCUUGAUGUAUUCAAGUCCCUGCUGCAAAGAGCCAAAAAGUAAGCUCAGAAUAAACAGGCGUGAAUGGAGGCUGCCAAGGAUUUCAAGAGACAGUGCUUAUUGUUUCCUUCUUCCUGUUUGUUUAAUACAAAACACAAAGAUGUCUGACACCGUCUCAUGUCUGAUGCUUGCCUCUGUGUGUAUCAGCAGAGAAUGAGAUAAAAGGAGAGGUGAAGAAAAUUAUUGGAAAAAGGCCAGGAACGACGGAUUGUUUUAAACCUUGACGCCUUACUAUGACAUAGAUGGGUUUUUUGGACGCUAUAGUGGAAAUUUGUAAUUUCUCAAAUCCAGAUUAAAUGCCAAAUAUAAGUCAAUCAAAACAUGUCAAGUUCUACUCAAAUUCUAUUUAUGUUGCACCGUUAAAUGAAUCAGAAUGACAUCUUAAUGAUCUGUGAAUAAAAGGUUAAAUUGUGCCAUUGGUUCUUUACCAUUGUCAUGAAACAAUACAGAAAUGCUGUCUUUAGGUUCACCUUAAAUUGUCAUUAAAAACCUUCAGUAAUUCAAUUCAAAAAGUGAAACUCAUUACACAGUUAUAUAUUGUAAGCAAUUUCUGUUCAUUUUGAUUAUUGUGGUGUUGUUUUUCUGAACAUUUCAACAAUAAAUUCAAUAAAAAGGGAUUUUAGUACAGAUAUUUUAUGUUAUGGCCUGCAGAAUCAUAAAAAACAGCUGUCUUGACAAUUGUCCAGCAAACAAUCCACAAUGAGAAUAAGACACAUAAGGUCACUGUCAAAGAAGCAGGCUGUUCACAGAGUGCGUUAUCUCAGGAUAUUAAUAGAAAGUUGAGUGGAAGCAAAAAGUGUGGCAGAAAAAAAGAUGCAACAGGAAUAAUCGCAGCAUUAGGAAGAUUGUUUAACUCCUCAGCAGAGCCAUAGGCUGAAAGGAGCCCCGACCAACUAUUGAGUACCUGGACCAGGACAUACCUUUUAUGUUGACAUUUGCACAAAAAAAACUGAAACAGGAUUUUUGGAUUCUAGUAGUGUCACUCCCUCCAGGAAAUACAUAGCACCCUGAUUCUUCAUUUACUGAUAGUUUUAUUCAUAAUGACACUAUCUUUAAACUCCACUGUCGAACUGUGCAAAAUGCAUGACAUCAUAUAACUGAAAUUAAUUUACUUUCCACAAAUUGUAAAUAAUAAACAGGCAAGAUCCAAAACUAACAGAAUAACCUCACUGACUCCAUGAAACCAAGAGGAAUGGAGUUCAAUUGUAACAAAGCAAAAUCUUCAAAAAAGAAAAGUGGCAGCUUGAAAACCAGACUCUUCAUGUUCUUAUGCAAAGUCCUACUCAUGUGGCUAUCUGAAGAUUUGCAUGGAGCAGCAUGAAAUUGCUCAUUUCCAAUGCAGUAAUAACAGAAAAUCAAAACAAAAUUCACCUACAUUAAUACACACAAAUUACAGAAAAAUGAAACCCCAUCAAGUAAUGGUAAAAUAACUACGGCAGUUAAAAUUAGCAAUAAACAAUAAUCAUAAUAAUCUGAAAUAAAUGCUUGAAAUAUAUCACUUUGUAUUAAAUCUAAAUAAUAAAUUAAUUCCACUUUUUGAUUUGAAUUACUGAAAUGAAUAAACCUUCUGUUGACACUGAAAUUUAUUGCCACGCAACUGUGUUUAUUAAUCUUCUGUUUAAUCAGGAUCAAACUGUUGAAAGUUUUUGGGUGGUCUGUGGGUGCCAUUACGUUGCAACAAAGGAAAGAGAAAGGGGUGGUGUUUACAUGAUGAGGUCGCCUACGCUCUCAGCAUCUACAUCUUGUCAUGUACUGCAAAAACUGAGUGUGGGAUUUCCUCUUAUGUGUUGUAAUGCAUAAUGCACGGCUGACAACCCCCAACACACUUUCUAACUGAAACAAGCAAAUGCCAAAGGGUUUUUAUUUGUUUCACCUGUAAAGUUUAAUCGAAUUUUAAUAUAAAAUUUGACCUUCCCUUAAAGGUCGAAUUUAUAUAACCAUUUUAUUGUGUUAUACUAACGAACGCAGUUCUGCUUCCUUAAAUAGCAGCUUUCACUUUCUGUAAAGUGGGUCUGAGUGGAGAAUUUGUGGGGAAAUUUCUGUUGAGGGGGGAGUUUCCAUUGCAGCGAAGGUGGAGUUACACCAAGGGGUUUCUUAUGUCAUAGAGAGCUUGUGGUGAGGAGCAGUACAAGAACGAACCAGCGUGUUAAAGGGUGUUCAUACAGUUGUGUAGGUACAGUAGCACUAACCGAAAAUCUAGCUCUUCAUGUCUAAAUCCAUUCUAUCAUCAAACAAGUGUGGUUAAAAAAUGAAGUUCCUUGAGCUGGAAGACUCCAUCAGCCGCUUCAGGUUUGCUCAGUCCUGUUUGGGAAUAACAGGUUGCCUGUGUGUGUGCUACUCUGUCUGCACACCCUUCUGGCUGAAAGACAGUGGAUUGUGGACAAAUCGGAACAGCAGCAACCAUGACCAGGACAUUCAUAAAGAUAUAACCUUUAACGCAUUAGAAGCAGAGAGAGUAUUUGGAGUCAUUUCAUUCUUGAUGGCUGCGAGCACUGCUGUUCUCUGUCUGGUGUUCGCCCUCUGCUGGACAUCUCAGACAGUGCACUCCUACUCCAACACACGCUCUCUUCUCAUGGCAGGGCAGGCUCUCUACCCCACCACCUUGCUGCUACUCACCAUGGCCUCCACAGGUUUCUUCUUCCUUCUGAGCUGGUCUUCCUUCACCUAUCAGCACCGGGAGGAAAUCCGUCAAGACUUCUCCAGUCUCGGCUCUUCCUACUGGCUGGGGGCCUUAGGUUGGAUCCUUCUGUUGGUGGUGGAGGCAGUAGUCUUCAUUGCAGAGCAAGCUGUUGUGCCAGACAACAUGCCGGACUUAGAGAAGGCAGUGGAGUCAUGGCGGAUUACUGCUCAACCUGAGGCCACUAAAAGGUCUUUGAGUGAGGGUUACAAACCUGUUGACCACAAAAGCAACAUAGCUCCUAAGAGGUACACAUCAGUACCUUGAAUGGACUUCAUAAAUAAGGACGUGAUAGAGAUUACUUUUGGUGGAGAACUCUGAACCUUGUAAAAGAGCUAGAUUUAGGGUUGUUUUCAGAAUGGACCGAAAUGAACUCCAAGUACACUAAGGAAAAGCUGUGCUAUCUGUAGAAAUGUAACACCACGUUAUACUGCAAGGUUCUGACAUUCUACCUGGAGCAGAUCCAGGUGUGUCUGAAAGUACCCAUGACUGCUGCAAUUUACUUGAAGAACAUUACAAUAUUGACGUGUAACACUUUAUUUUGUAUAGGCACUUUUAAUCCCAUGCAAACAAUGAUGAAUUGUGGUUAUUGUAAGCUAAACAAGCUUUAAAGCAAAUGGUGCAUAAUGUAUCACAUAUCACUGAAAAUUGUGUUGUGUUACAGUCUUGUUUUAAUAAAAGAGAUACAAUUUGAA